UGCUGUUGAGUUAGCCUGUGAGAUUUUGCAGAGUCUUCCCAAAAUACCCACUUCCAUUUUCACACUACAGAGCGCAGUUUCAGUUUCAGGGGAUCCCCGGUUAUGUUUCUGUUUCUGGGUCUGUUUCUAAAGAAGUAAAAAUCUGUCUUCCAGUUUGCAGCAGCUGCAAAUGACAGUUUCCAUAGAAUUACGGCGGAGAUACGGCGGAGGUACGGCGGCUAUUUUCUUAUUCUUCUGUGUCGUCUUCAUUUUCGCUGGGUUUAGUAAUUUUCAUUUUACGGUACAUGGGGAAAAGGGUAAUCACCAGACUCAUCAUUACCAUUUGCCAAGAAAAGCCCGGGUUCUUAUGGACAGUACCACCGUCUCCUUCCAUGCACCGCCACCAACAUCGGCAGAUCCGGCGGAGGCUAAAGGCCCUCCGGACACCGUUUAUGGAGAUGAUAAGAGGAUAAUUCACACAGGUCCCAAUCCUCUCCACAACUAGGAGUUUUAUUAUUUAUUUAUUUUAAGAGGGAGAGUAGAUUUAAUGCAUGAGAGGAGCAUUGGCAUUAGCCUUUUCAGUGGGGAUUUAAUGAGGACAUAGGGGCAGCAGGAAUAGUUUUAGGAAUGAACAAAAAAAAGAGGAAGAUAGUGAAGGCUAGUGUUAAUGCUCUUGUUUCUUUUGCAGUGGUUUUUUUGCUUUCCAUCUUCUGUACCCCUGCUUCCUUCUGUUAAUGUUAAAGUUUAAAGAUUCAUGAUCUCUUGAAUUAAAUUUGCCUAGUCCA